UCGCUGCACGCUUGGUUUUCAUUCCUCACUAGACAAAACAAUAAAACAAAAUGCAGAACCCCCGUAGGUUUAAGUUGUCCACAGGCAACACCAGUAGCGAGAAAAACAACUCACAUGUUUAUACUUUUAUGAUCACAAACGUUUUUGUUGCAGGAGCCGCUUAUAGUUCUUGUGAAAAGCUGGUUAUUAUGGCUGACGGAAGCGAAACAGAAACAGCACUACCGAAAAUAGAGCCAAAAGUUGUCGUUCUUGACCGUUUUAAUAUCUGUCAGUUGUCGACGGUUUAAAAUUUCUCUCCGUGAAUAUCACCUGCUAUCGACAACAGGCAGCUGCCCAUCACGAUCUGGGCAAAAAAAAAAAUAUCCUUCAUCGGUUGCGGAAUUGUCUACGUACAGCAAUAUCUCUUACAGCGCUGUGGCAAAAGUUCAAAGGGGGAAAAACCACACAUGCAAAGCUGUGUUCACCGUAUUAACGAUUACUUUUUUAAUACUGACAAGCGCGCAACAGAGACUCCCAGCCUAGCAUCACUGCAUCUUUCUUUGAAACUAUGGAUACAGACACGGACAAGAUUAUUAUAAACGUUGGUGGAAAACGCCAUGAGACGUACGCCAGCACGCUUCAAACCAUUCCCGACACGAGGCUUUCAUGGUUAGCAGGCAGUUACCUUAACAGUGAUACUAAACAAGAAUUUUUCUUCGACCGAAAUCCAAAAAUCUUUGGUAUCAUUUUGAACUAUUACCGCACAGGCCAUCUCCAUGCGCCGAGGGAUUUCUGCGGUCCGCUGUUUCAAGAGGAGCUGGCGUUCUGGGGAAUUGAGGAGAGGGAGAUGGAAGCGUGUUGUUGGCCAUAUUACACGCAACACCGAGACGCUGAGAAAAAUUUGAAGGAUUUUGUAGGACCUGAGUUUGAGGAUUCUGAUGAGAACGACGACGACGAAUUUUCACCGGAAUUCGAUUCAACAUACGGUCAGGCCACUUCUUUGUCAUGGUGGACAAUAUACAGACCUAAAGUUUGGGCCGUGUUGGAUGAUGCUCAUUCGUCUACCAAGGCUAAGGUCUUCGCUUUAACCUCUUUGUUUAUGAUUCUGGCGUCUGUGGUAUCCAUGUGCGUCUUGUCUGUGGUACAGGAUAAAAAUAAUGUCUACAUUAGAGGCUUUGAGUACGCCUUUUGUGCCUGGUUCACUUUGGAAUUUGGCGCAAGGUUGUUAUUUUGCCCAGACAAGUUGGCUUUCUUUAAAGAAAUUAUGACGUGGGUCGAUCUUAUAUCGUUGUUACCUUUUUAUGAAGACAUAAUUUUUGGUACCAGUAUGUUAAAAUUUCUACGAGCCGUGAGACUUAUACGUACAUUUCGCGCACUGAAAGUGUUCGCCUUCACAAGCGGUUUACAGAUCAUAGUGCAAUCACUCAAAGCGAGUUUCAGAGAAUUGAUCCUACUGCUGAUAAUUCUCCUCAUUCCAGUUGUCGUGUUUUCAAGCGUGUUGUUCGAAAUCGAAUCCCAUCAACCCAAACAGAAGGACUUUAAGAACAUCCCACAGGCAUUUUGGUGGGCUAUCAUUACCAUGACAACAGUAGGCUACGGCGAUAUGGUACCGAUCACGAUCCCUGGGCGAAUCAUUGGAGGAAUCUGUGCCAUACUUGGCGUGCUUAUUGUGGCGUUGCCUGUUUCGGUUAUUGGCAAUAACUUUUCCACUUAUUACUCUCACGCGCAAGCAAGGCUGAGCCUUCCAAAGAAAAAGCGUCGCUUGAUCAUGUGUGAAGCCAAACUGCGGGCUAAUCCUAGACAAGGGCAAUCACCUUCCAGUUCAACAUCACUACGUGCAAAUGGUGUUCACGAGGUCCCAGAGGUCGUAACUGAGACACCAUCCAGGAAAGGCUCUGCCACAAAAUACCGACGCUAUCACCGCCGUUCUAGGAAUACUUUAUUUGCGCAUGGUGAUGUCUACAUAGGGCCAACAAGGUUUGAUAGGCCUAAGCUUCAUCACGCUGAAACAUGCAAUGAGGAGGAAAAUGAGAAUGAAAGCGAGAGUGAAACAGGGAAAAGUGAAUGUCCCACCGCAAGGGAAACAACGAGCAGCGGAGACUUAGACAAUGUGGUAGAAAAAGGAGGAGCCUUGCCACCUCAGGCUAGUGAGGAACUUCCUCGUAUUUCGGCGCUCCCUAGAAAUUUCACACUCAUUAACUCGAUGCAUGAGAGCGAAGAAAUUAUCGAAGAGGAUUCGAGGCCUUCUUCCGUUCUUUCUGAACGUCGUGGGACAAAAAAGAAAAAGCUGCACCCUGGUGUCCAAUCAUCUCGCCGUAAAAAAUCCAAUAGCUCUCUCUCAAGGUCAUGGAUAGAACUAAAAGCUCAACAAGCGCAAUCACCACAAGAGAACGGGCAUCCUCAGAGUUCCCGCGGGAACAAAGCUCGCGUGUCCUCGGUGGAUGUACGGGGAUCACCACAGGAGAAGGGGCGUCCUCAGAGUUCCCGCGGAAACAAAGCUCGCGUGUCCCCGGUGGAUGCACGGGGGAGUUACAAAAACCCGGGUAUGGAAAAGGAGAGUCCCUCGAAUUUAUCCUCAUCCCGGAUUUACUCCGUACCCUCGUUUAAGGUGGACAGUGAGACUACCCGACUGGAUAAAGGAGAUAUGCCUGGCGAAGAGAUCAACUCAAACUCGGCGAUUGUAAAUGAUAGCAAUCACAGAACUGGUAAAUCAUCGGAGCACGAUUUUGCAAACGGUUUUAUAGCUUAAUAGUAGAGAAAACUAAGGAAAGUACUAAAUAGAACAGUAAGACGACUGAAAUUCGUCCACAGUGGCAUGUGGAUGAGAAUAUUUGCAUUAUCGACGCAUAUUUAGCGGGCACAAUAA